GCCGCGGGCCGGAGCGGGUCGUGCGCGCUGAGGAGGAGCCGCUGCCGCCGUCGCCGUCGCCGCCACCGCCGCCACCGCUACCGAGGCCGAGCGGAGCCGUUAGCGCCGCGCCGCCGCCGCCUCCCGCCCGCCCCGGAGCAGCCCCGGGCCCGCCCGCCCGCAUCCAGAUUUUUGAAAAAUACAAUGUCUAAUGGUUAUGAAGACCACAUGGCCGACGACUGCAGGGGUGACAUCGGGAGAACGAAUUUGAUCGUCAACUACCUCCCUCAGAACAUGACCCAGGAUGAGUUACGAAGCCUGUUCAGCAGCAUUGGUGAAGUUGAAUCUGCAAAACUUAUUCGGGAUAAAGUAGCAGGACACAGCUUGGGCUAUGGCUUUGUGAACUACGUGACCGCGAAGGAUGCAGAGAGAGCAAUCAACACGCUGAACGGCUUGAGGCUCCAGUCAAAAACCAUUAAGGUGUCGUAUGCUCGCCCGAGCUCAGAGGUGAUCAAAGACGCCAACUUGUACAUCAGCGGGCUCCCUCGGACCAUGACCCAGAAGGACGUAGAGGACAUGUUCUCUCGGUUUGGGCGGAUCAUCAACUCGCGGGUCCUCGUGGAUCAGACCACAGGUUCCUCUGAGCCCAUCACAGUGAAGUUUGCAGCCAACCCCAACCAGAACAAAAACGUGGCACUCCUCUCGCAGCUGUACCAUUCGCCAGCGCGACGGUUCGGAGGCCCCGUUCACCACCAGGCGCAGAGAUUCAGGUUCUCCCCCAUGGGCGUCGAUCACAUGAGCGGGCUCUCUGGCGUCAAUGUGCCGGGAAACGCCUCCUCCGGCUGGUGCAUUUUCAUCUACAACCUGGGGCAGGACGCCGACGAGGGGAUCCUCUGGCAGAUGUUUGGGCCGUUUGGCGCCGUCACCAAUGUGAAAGUGAUCCGCGACUUCAACACCAACAAGUGCAAAGGGUUUGGCUUUGUGACCAUGACAAACUAUGAAGAAGCCGCGAUGGCCAUAGCCAGCCUGAAUGGCUACCGCCUGGGGGACAAAAUCUUACAGGUUUCCUUCAAAACCAACAAGUCCCACAAAUAACUCGCUCAUGCUUUUUUUUGUACGGAAUAGAUAAUUAAGAGUGAAGGAGUUGAAACUUUUCUUGUUAGUGUACAACUCAUUUUGCGCCAAUUUUCACAAGUGUUUGUCUUUGUCUGAAUGAGAAGUGAGAAGGUUUUUAUACUCUGGGAUGCAACCGACAUGUUCAAAUGUUUGAAAUCCCACAAUGUUAGACCAAUCUUAAGUUUCGUAAGUUAUUUCCUUUAAGAUAUAUAUUAAACAGAAAUCUAAGUAGAACUGCAUUGACUAACCAGUCCCUCUGGAUGGUGGUGAACCUGAAGCAUGCUUUAACCUCUAAGACUGUCUAACACGCGUUUCAUUCAAUGUCUCCACAGACUGGGUAGCAAAAAAAAAUCACCUUUUAGUUUUAGUUUUUAAUCUAAAGAUGUUAGACAGAUGCUGAGUGUGCGUUUUCUCAACCGCUUCAACAUUGUAAGCGAUGUAUGCUUUGGUUGACAGGAAGUUCCUUUUCCAGGCAGGUCCCGUUGCCACCUCCUGCUCACUUAGUCCCAGGCUCUGCCGAGUGGUCCUGGGAAUGGCAGCGGGCCCGACCAGCGUGGGCCACCACUGGGGCCGCGAGCCGUGGGCCGCGUGCCGGGCGGGCCCUCCAGAGGACACAAACGUGUUUCGUAAGCCCAGGCACCAAUGGGAAUGGACCAAAGAGUUUCAGGGAAACUCCAGUAUAUUCCAGAGUCAGAUCUAAGCUCCAGGCACGCCUGAAGAUGUGUUGCUACUCUGACACCCCGAGUUUCUGUCCACACAUUGCAUGCACGGCGCCCCACACAUUGGAUACUGUUGUUCACGAUAAUUUCUCCCGUUUUCCAGAGCAUUUAACAUAGCUUGGAGGCGUAAAAUGGCUCUGUUUUUUAAUAACACAGAAACAUUUGAGCAUUGUAUUUCUCGCAUCCCUUCUCGUGAGCGCUUAGACCUUUUUCUGUUUUAGUCGGAUUUUGUUUUGGAAUUUUGCUUUUGUAUGAACACUCAGCAGAAAAGUACUUACUUCUUGCCAGUUAUCUAUUAACCAAAACCUUUGAUUUGUAGUUUUAAAGAUUAACCCUCAAAGUUCUCUUCAUAACUGCCUUGACAUUUUGGGUUGUUCUGUUCUGUUAAUUUUCUUUUGCUUUUUUGUGUUUUUUGUUUGUUUUUACUUUUGCAUUUAAGACCAUUAAAUUUGAUUUUGUUUUGCUCGAAUUUUGUUUUGUUUUUUAUUUUACCUUUUCUUUCUUUUUGGCUAGGGAAGGUGCAGGCGGCCCAGCAUUCAGGGAGGAGUCGUAAGAUCUUAAGAAACCAAUACUUGCCUCAAGCAAAAGCAUUUCUGAAUCUGUGACGCAGGAAUGUGCGGUUACAGGCUGGUGGCUUUUAAGCCGGGAGCCCGGAGGAAGGGUGAAAGAGAAAGCCUGUGAAAUAGGCAGGGCCAGAUCUCCCAAAACUCCUCAGGACUGGGAUCUGGCAUUUAUAAAUAACUAGUAUACAGAGAGAAUCACAAACAGGAUAACUUAGUACCAGCAGUUUUUAACCUUGACGUGAGACUAAAACGUGACCGUAGGCUGUUUUUUAGUUAUUGCUCUCAUGAGAUGACGGCUGUAUUUAUCUGUUUAUUUAUACCUAUCUAUUUAUGUAUUUAUUUAUUGAAGUGGGAAAUUGAGCAAUAGGCAGGCACCACCGUCCCCAGAGCAGGUCAGCGUCUCGAGAGGCCCCUGGACAAUUGAGGAUGCCCAUCCCCUCCCCUUUCCCUGAUCUUUUACUGAGGGGCUGUGUGCUCAAUCCUUGCAAAUUGAUGAUGUUGCCAUCCGUACCCAGGCCGUGUCUCAUAAAAUUCGGCCUGGUGCCAGAGAGGACCUCCUUUCUCCCACAGAAUCCCAGUUCGUCAGGAAAAGCCAAAACCGAGGCCCGUUUGCCCAGAUUCGACACAAAAGAGGUCCCUGCUCUGUUGCCCAAGAGCAGUCUCUAUCCUGGGACCAGAAUGUUUUCCUGGAAAAAGAAGCCUUUCAGGUUUUCCUGGGCCAGCAUCUUCUGAUGGAAGGUGGGAGCCAACACCCUUCUGAUGGAAGGUGGGAGCCAACAUCUUCUGAUGGAAGGCGGGAUUCCCGCUUCUGAAACUCCCCCUGGAGUCUCACUCCCACACAUGCCCAUAGCUAGCAUUCAACAGAGAACUCUGUCUUAAGCUUCAACUGUGAAAAUGAUGACGGGCUUGUAGCCAGCACCUCAGCUUCUUUCCUUGCCCCCUUUUAUCUGAAUUUUAUCAAUUGUUCUGAUGCUGGGACAGGUGAGAAGAAACUGUGAAGUAUAUGAGCCUUUGAAAGUUCCCUGAAGUUUCUCAGUUCAGGAACAUUCUCAUUGUAUGUGGUCUCCGCUGUUUGAACAGCCUUCUAGCUAAAAAAUUCCAAUGCCUUUAUUUGGGAGUCUUAGCUUGCAAGCUUGUGGAAGGAUUUAGCUUUUGAACUGUCACUCCUGAAAAGCAAUCUCCGUUCCAUCAAGGUUCUAGUUGCUGGCCCUGUGCCCUCAAAGUUCAUUACAUCUUACCAAGGCCUGUUUGCAAAGGGGAGAUCCCUUUUCUUAAAAAAGGCUCAACCCAAAAGAAACCAUUUCUUAAAAAAUUUUACAUAGAUCAGUUGUAUUUGUAUUUAGCAAAAAUGAGUGCUCUCCUUUUAUUUGGGAAUUUCGAUGAAAAAGCGUUCAGAGUAGAUAAUGUUCAUUUAUCAAAAAUCUGGUUUGGGAAAUACCAAAGAGGCUUUGAUUGAAUUCCCUUUUGACCUGUGUGUAACUUCCUCUGGUAGUUAGACCCCAGGCAGCUCCGAAUUUGUGAACCUGCUUCCUGAUGAAUUCUCCCUUGUUCCCCCUUGGCUCUGCCAUUAUUUCGUUUUCAGUGUAAUUUGCCAAGCCACAGUUUUCUGUGCUGGCUGUGCCUCUAGUCGCAGCUCUGUGACUGAUUCCCUCCCGGGUGCUGAGUCCCCUCCCCGGCCACCAUCCUGCGUGAAUAUCCUGAAAUUCAUGGGCUUCCUCGGGGGCCCGCCCGCAGGUGGUGCUGGGUGGGUUCCGCCACCUUCUCCUGGAAGGUGAGCCUUUUCCUGGCCAAGGGCAGCUGCCUUAACCUCUGAGAGUCUGCGCUUGGCCUUAGUCCUGGAGACCCAGCCUCCAGGGACUGAACCGUGCUGCUGUCAGGAGCCAAGACCGGCCCUUUGGAGCCGGCAGCCCAGGGGUCCCUGCUGGAUCAGAGAAAUAGAAGCACCCGAAGACGGUUAGUGGCAAUUCCUUGACCCGGUUUGCUUCCAAACGAAGGCCAUUUGUCCACCAGGCAUUGAAAAGACAUGACUUACCCAGUCCGGCAUCGGAUUUGAAAAAUCGAAAUUGACAUCACUCAGCUGUUACAUUUCACAUCUGAUUCAGCCCCGUUUUAUUUCCAUGUGCUUUUCGUAGCCUUCCUCUGUUGGAUGAAAGGGAAUAAGAAUUCAGCUGACAGGAGGCCUCUAUCCUGUCCCUCCACCCCACCCUCCACCUCAAUCCCCUCCCAUCUUCCCCAGACCUACCUCACCUACUAGGACCUGAGGCAGCUCCUUAGCAGAGACCCCUGGGGUUUAGCAGACUCUGGGGGUCAGGGGGUCCUGUCCCCAAACUUCCCAAGACAGCCCUGAAGUCACAAGUGCUUUCUUUUGAGUGGCAUUGGCAAUUGGCAUGUAACGAUGGCAGUGGAAUCUGAAUCUGGGAUCCCAGGCAGGGUUCACAUUUCCAAACCUUUUGAUUUCCCCUGACCUCUAAUGGCUGGAUCCUAUUUUUCUACAACCCUUCAGUGACAUCGUUCAGGUUUCUUUCUUGGCCAUUUAAAAAAACAAUUUUUUUUUUCUCACUUGUAAGUCACCGCCAGUACCUAAGUUAGGCUAACGGAGACUUUGACAGGACUGGAUUUUUCUUCCACCAGAAGAGAAGGCUUUUCCGUUGGUUUGGGGCCACCUCUUUGACCGUGACCGUGUGAUGUUCCGUUUACAGCAGUGACUUGCUUUGGGGGAGGGGAGGCUCUCUUAACCGAUUCCCAUGUUGUACAGUAGAUGGUUAGACCUUUUGUAUAUUAGUGUGUUUUAAGUUAUUGAUUUGUUUUAUAUAAAAUAAUUUAUUUUUCAGGUGCCAUUUUUCAUUUUAACUUUGUUUUUACAUGGGUUUGUUUUCAAUAAAGUCUGACACUGGUGUCCAAAAGUCAACAAUAAAAUGAAUCCCAUUGUGUUCUUUUGAAGAUGCCUAUGUAACUUUUAAGCUUUUUAAAUUAUUUUCAGAAAAAAAAAAAAAGCCCUUAUCAGUUUUUCAUCAGCCCAUUGCCUUUUUAUUUUUAUUUUUUUAAUCCUUGUGAAUAAAUGUUCUUUAGUGUUUUAGGAGGAAAAAGCAAACCUAGAUUUUGAUAACCCAGAAGACUUCAGAAAUAAAGAAGCUUUGAAAGAAGACCAUUUUUCAAAAUUUUAGUGAAGUGUGAAUAUUUUUUGUCAAUGGCUUUCUCAAAGAGAAUGAAACUUUUGCACCAUUUUCAGAGUUUUUAUAGAGAUGCCAAAUUGAUAUAUUUACAUGUAAUGGAAACAUGAAAAAGUUUUAUUAAACAAUUGUUCAUAGCUGUGUAGACAUUUUAAUUCAGUUUCCAAAGCUCUCAAAAAAGCGUAUUUUUGAAGUACGGAGUGAUGCGGUUUGGGGCGUGGCUUACAGUUCCAAACGACUCAAUUGUCCAGAUACUCAGUUCUUUCUACAGAUAGCAGGUUCGUGUUAAACACUGUAUGUUAACUAUGACUGGAAUUCUGUGAUAUUUUGGUAAUAAAUGAAGUGGGAUCA